AUGGCAUCGCGCGGGAACUUGAGCGACUGUCGCUCAACCUCCCACGACACCCUGCGAAGCGGCAUUCCAUCACCGCGCAUCGAACACUACGAUGGCGAAGUCCCUCCGGCGCUGUCUCCCUUGGAUGCAUUCGCCGCUCAAGGCCGAUUCCUCGCCAAACAACUGGAUGAAUCCCGACGACGAGAUCGGCGCAUGAGCCGACUGCCCCCUUCCAGCGUCGCCCGAUCGCUGUCUACCCCCCGCCCGGGCUAUUUCCGCGCUCCGUCGAGCGAGUCCCAGGUCGAUAAUCUUACGCGAAAGCCGACAAUAAGAGCACACCCGGAUUUCGAGGAUCCCAAGUAUCGACCUGUCUCGGAGCACCCCCGCUUCAGCUCCGUCUCGCACGCUAGCAGCAAUGCCGACUCUUCAUAUGCUGAUGAUUCUACACCGCGGACGACGAUGAUACGGACCAGCUCGAGUAGCUACGACAUACCCCGUGCGGAGUCGCCCGAAGAUGAUCCCUCGAUUGCAAGCGGCGCGGAGGGUGGUUCAAUGGGAUUGGCGAUGGACGACCCUUCGCGCGAGUCUUCGACUGACUCGGUAUCGCGACUGCAUAUUCCGCGCACCCUGGCACCACCAGUGUCCCCGCAUUCCCGUCCAUCGAGUAGCGCCAAGGUGAUGAACCCAGAAAGCUCUGAUGACGACUACAGCAGCUCGAAUGCGGGCUCGACAUUUUCCAAGCCGCGCAAGUUGUCCUCGGGGAGUGCCGUCUCGUUACCAUACUCGCCCAUGUCAAACUAUCCCGCUCGGAUGCAUCCUCGUUCACCCUCGCUGAGCUCAGAAACUUCGGCUACUGGCCACCUUCCCCGGCCCUCGUUCAACUUUUCUCGGCCAUUGAGCCGAUCUAGCACCAGUCUGUCUGCCCCGGGCCCGUCUGCUACCUCUGAACCGAGCACGACACCAGCCAUGACUCCUCAGCAGCAGCAUCGGUGGAAUCGGCAGUCGCAUCAUAUGCAUCGACCGAGCAAACCCACGCCAAUUCUGGUACCGUUGGCUACUGAGGAGGCGGCUGGUACUCAAGCAGAGGACGGAGAGCCUUCCUCUGCGGUGUCCUCCUAUGUGUAUGCCAAAUAUUCUCUGCCACGCGGCCGCAUGGUCUCACGAGACUCGGUCGUGUUCGCUGGCCUACAAACACCUCAUUUUGAAUGGCAAGAGCCAUUGUUUGAGAAUUCUCCACCGCGGCAUUCAGAGGAGCCACCACGCUCUGCUCGAACUCCCCCUCCCUCACAUUCCCGCUUGGAGAGCUCGCCCAAGCCCCAUUCCAUGUAUGAGGUUUCUGCUCCCGGCCCAGCUCCAGUCCAUGAGACUAAGCUUGCACCACCGGCACCCAUUUCACCCCCUCGACCCGCUCCAGCUCUUCCUGUGGUCACACCUCCCCGGCCAUCCACCGACUCUGCUCGACCUAGGACACCUAGGACCAGUGAAAGGGCUCCUCGACCAUCCACCGAGUCUACGCGGCCGAGAACCAGCGACAGGGAUGAGACCGUCUCAUCUGCCGACUCGGCCAGUACUCUUCGCCCACAGAGAGCGACCACGCAGGCCACCCAGACACCAUCUACUGUUAUCACGGCUGAUGAUCAUGUCACCAAGGGUAUUGAGUUGCACGAGGCAGGCUCGCUGAACGAGUCGACCUAUCACCUGCGCAUUGCUGCGAAGCAGAACAACCCCACCGGUAUGCUGCUUUACGCGCUUGCCUUGCGCCACGGAUGGGGCAUGCGACCCAACCAGCAAGAAGGAGUACGAUGGCUCCGCAAGGCGGUGGACUCUGUUGGCUUGGAAAUGCUCGAGAACCCCGACGCCCCAGGUGCCUCUAAGGCCAAGGAGUUGCAAAAGGCCUAUCGGGCCCAGUUCGCACUUAGUAUCUACGAGCUGGGUGUCAGCCAUCUCAACGGCUGGGGUAUCGAGCAGGAUAAAUCCCUGGCUCUGCGAUGCUUCGAAAUCGCCGGUCAAUGGGGUGAUGUGGAUGCCAUGGCGGAAGCCGGAUUCUGCUACGCCGAGGGUGUGGGUUGUAAGAAAGACAUGAAGAAGGCUGCGCGGUUCUACCGUGAGGCUGAGUCUAAGGGUAUGAGCAUGGUUGGCAACAGCUGGAUCUACAAGUCCAAAUAUAUGGCCGAAGAUGACAGCCGUGGUGGACGCGCUCGCGGACGAACUGUUAGCAGCGACAAGAAGCCGCGUAGCAAAUCGCGCACUCGCAGUCUUUUCCAGCGGAAGAAGUCUGUUCCCGAGGCAUAGAUUGCCUUUUGAUGCUUGGAAAGAGCCCCCAAUCUUAUCUAUCUCUGUCUGUUGACAUGUGCAAUAUGCAUAUCGCCCCCCCCCCCCCCCCCCUGGGGG